AUGACUCCAGUCUCAACUAAGCUUUAUACAGAUGAUGUGAGUCUCUUGAUGGUACUUAUUGAUACCAACCCAUUCUUUUGGAACUCAGUGAAAUCCACUCUCUCUUUCUCGAAGUUCCUCUCCCAUGUACUUGCAUUCUUGAAUUCAAUACUUUUGGUGAAUCAGCAAAACCAAGUGGUUGUGAUUGCAACUGGUUACAAUUACUGUGACUAUGUGUUUGAUUCAUCAGCCACACAGAGUCAAAACCUGCGUGCCGAGCAUUUGCUGCAGAAAUUGGAUGAAUUUGUUGAGAAAGAUGGGUCAAUAUGCCUUGAGGACUCGGUAGAUGGGCCUGGGUCCUCACUUCUAUCUGGAUCCCUCUCGAUGGCUUUAUGUUACAUUCAGAGGGUUUUUAGGUCAGGGCCGCUUCAUCCACAGCCUCGGAUACUAUGCUUACAUGGAUCUCCGGAUGGGCCUGGACAAUAUGUUGCAAUCAUGAAUUCAAUCUUCUCUGCUCAACGUUCAACGGUUCCUAUAGAUUCAUGUGUAAUCGGCCAUCAAAAUUCCGCUUUCUUGCAGCAGGCUUCUUACAUAACUGGCGGCGUGUAUGUGAAGCCUCAAGUGUUGGAUGGUCUAUUUCAGUAUCUUUCGACUGUUUUUGCCACUGAUUUGCAUUCUCGCGCCUUUUUACAACUUCCAAAGCAUGCAGGAGUUGACUUCCGUGCCUCAUGCUUCUGCCACAAAAACACAAUCGAUAUGGGCUUCAUAUGCUCGGUUUGUUUGUCUAUUUUCUGCAAGCAUCAAAAGAAAUGUUCAACUUGUGGGUCAGUGUUUGGUCAAGCCCAAGCCCAAGCCCAAGAUUCCUCAACACCCGAUCGAAAGAGGAAAAUGGCUAUGGAUGCUUAG